GCUAGCAUUGCUGCAUGCCAGCAUCCACGUAGCAUCUGAGCUUCAUGGUUCAGAUUCAGAUAGCAGCGGUGAAGCGGAUGAAGGGGCGGGCCCCGCUGUCAGUGGUGGUGGCAAUCAUCGGCGGGCUGGCUCUAGCGGGCGUCAUCUUCACCGACGACCUCCGCUCACUCACUGAGAUCAUGGAGAAGAAGGGGAAAGCGAAGGAGCACAAGAGGACGACGUCUCUACAUGCCGGGACGACGACGAGGAAGAUGCCGCUAACGCCGCCGCCGCAGCCGGCGAAGGCAGCGUUCGACCCGAGCCGGUGCAGCGUGACGGAGGGGUACUGGGCGUACAACAGGUCCAAGGAGCUGCUUUACACGGACCAAACAUGCCCGUUCAUCGACAGGCAGGUCUCUUGCCAGAGGAACGGCAGGCCGGACAGCGACUACCUGCGCUGGGAUUGGCACCUAGACGACUGCAGUCUCCCAAGGUUCGACCCGGUGGCGUUGCUGGAGACGCUGCGGGGGAAGCGGAUGAUGUUCGUUGGCGACUCGCUGCAGAUGGGGCAGUGGCUCUCCAUGGUCUGCCUCGUCAACUCCGCCGUGCCCUACACCGCGCGGUCCAUGGAGCGCAGCACCACCCUGUCCGUCUUCACCGCCACGGAGUACAACGCGACGAUCGAGUUCUACUGGGCGCCGUACCUGGUGGAGGCCAACUCCGACCGCAACAUCCGGCUGGGGGCCGACGGCCGCGUGCUCCACGUCGACGCCGUCGAGCUGCACGCUAGGCACUGGAAGGGCGUGGACAUCCUCGUCUUCGACAGCUACGUGUGGUGGAUGACCGGCAGCAGGAUCAAAUCAGUGUGGGGGUCGUUCGGGGACGACGGGUACGAGGAGCUGGACGCCUGGGUCGCGUUCCGGCUUGGACUCAAGACAUGGGCCAACUGGGUGGACGCCAACAUCGAUCCCAACGCCACAAGGGUCUUCUUCAUGUCGAUCUCCACCACGCACAUGAGGAGCGAGGACUGGGGCCGGGAGGGCGGCAUCCGGUGCUACAACGAGACGUUGCCCGUCACGCGGAAGGGGUACUGGGGCAGCGGCGCGGACCGGCGGAUGAUGGAGGUGAUGUCCGACGUGGUGGGCCGGAUGCGGGUGCCCGUGACGCUGCUCAACGUCACGCAGCUGACGGAGCACCGCGUCGACGCCCACGUCUCCGUGUACACCGAGACCGGCGGCGAGCUGCUCACCGACGCGCAGAGGGCCGACCCGCAGACGUACACGGACUGCAUCCACUGGUGCGUGCCCGGCGUGCCGGACACGUGGAACCAGAUCCUCUACGCGCACUUGUAGCAGCAGGUUCGGUCACAGUCACAGCCGCGAGAACGAACAACGGGGACACGUACCGAAAUCCAGCUGGGAAUAAUUUUAGCGGUAGGUCGUCGUCCGGCCGAGUUCAAUUCAGAGAUGAUAGAUCCAGUUCAAAUCAUCGCUCGGACAGAAAAUGCCUGAGCUUGUACUGCUCUGCUUUGUCACACAGGCAGAGCGCGUCACGCACGCUUGCUCACACACAUACAAUACACACGGACACACCUUUUCCUAAA